AUGAAGGCGCUAACAGAUGACAAGAUUAUUGCCGUUGGUGUCUGUGGCAGGGGCGGCAUUGGAAAGACAAGCAUGGUGAGACAUGUAGCUGCACAAGCCUGCAGAAAUGGUACUUUUAACCAUUGGAUUAUGGCUGUCGUAUCCCAAAACCUUGACUUGAAAAAAAUUCAAGGUACAUUGGCAGAUUUGUUGGGCAUCAAAUUCGUUGAGAAGACAGAAGAUGGAAGAGCCGCUAGGUUGCAUAACGAGAUAAUGAAAAAAGAAAAACUCCUGAUAAUUGUGGACGAUGUUUGGGAGAGAACAGAGUUGUCAAAGAUAGGGAUUCCCACCUACAAUGAGCUUCAAAAGUGCACGUCCAAAGUGCUACUCACCACAAGAAGAUUGAAUGUCUGUCAUGCCAUGAAGUGCCAUAAACAGAUCAGUCUCAAAGCUCUCUCAGAUCAAGAUUCUUGGACCUUGUUUGUGAGAAAUGCAAGACGAUCGUUUGAAUUGCCCACUUUCAUGAAUGUAGCGAAGAAGGUAGCUGGAGAAUGUAAGGGUCUACCGAUUGCACUGAUAGCAGUUGCAAGGGCACUCGGAGAUAAGGACUUGGCAGAAUGGGACAAAGCAGCACAACGACUAGAGAAGUCGCAAAGUGCCAACCCUGACCACAAGGAAGAUGCAUUUAAAUGUAUGAAAUUAAGCUAUGAUUACUUGAAAGAUGAGGAGUACAAGUCAUUCUUCUUACUCUGUUGUUUAUUCCCAGAAGAUUAUGAUAUCCAAAUAGAAGACUUGUUUAGGUAUGCAAUCGGGAUAGGAUUGUUUCGAGAUGCUGAGACAAUAUAUGAAGCGAGAGGAACAGCAUAUACAGUGGUCAAGUACUUGAUAGAUUCUAGCUUGCUUUGGAAAGUGAUCUACCAUAUAGACGUGUAA